CACCACAGAAGAAGCCGAAAAGCAUCAACUGGAAGUUGUUUACCAUCCUCUAUCUAGUUUUCAAACCAAAUAGAAUUCCACAGGCUUUUCCAGGAUGUUUCUAAUGUAAGAUUAGUCUAAAUGAGACGUUUAUUUGUCACAACUUUAAUGGAGUUUUUAUAUUUAUAAAGGUGUGGUCUAGCUUGUAUUUAUCUGAACGCUGUGACAAAGAAAGUAACUGUAGCGUAACGUUACUCUUACUGUCAUGUUUUUUUUAUUUGAAGAAAGAAUACAGUUGCUUCCACGAUUGAUCGGGACAGAGCUAAUCUGUCCCCCUCCACCAUGCCGGAGUCCCUGGGUUGCAACUCUCCUGGUAGCGCCUUAAUACUGGGUCUGAAGAGGGUGUCUGUGCUGCUGGUCAACUGCAGUAAAACACCAGGGCAGAGUGGAACUGUGAGAGGGGGGCACGAGGAGGGAGAUGGAGAUUUGAUUUCAUCAAGUAAGAACAGCGGGGGGACCACCCCUAACCAUCGUUCUCUUAGUGGGAGGGGCUUAUCAUCUGGGGAGCCUCAACAGCAUCAUGUUGCUGACGUGACAGAGAAGAGUCUCUCCAGAUCAGAACAUCUCAAGAAGCACCAGCAGAGACGUACAGGGAAGAAACCUCACCACUGCUGUUCUGACUGUGGGAAGAGAUUCACAAGCCAGAGUGGCUUCAUUAUUCACUGUGAUCAGUGCGGGAAGAGUUUUGCUGCAUCAAACACCUUCAAAUCUAAUGUAAGAAUCCAUACAGGGGAGAAGCCUUACCCCUGCCUUGAUUGUGGGAAAAGCUUUGUUAGUGCAGGAGUCCUAACCAUACACAAGCGUGUACACACUGGAGAGAAGCCUUAUAGCUGUGAUCAGUGUGGAAAGAGCUUCAAUCAGUCAGACAACCUGACUACACACCAGCUAAUACACACUGGAGAGAAGCCUUAUAGCUGUGAUCAGUGUGGAAAGAGCUUCAAUCAGUCAGACAACCUGACUAUACACCAGCGAACACACACUGGAGAGAAACCUUAUGGCUGUGAUCAAUGUGGGAAGAGCUUUGCUGUAGCUUCCUCCCUAACUAGACACCAGCGAAUACACACAGGAGAGAAGCCUUAUAGCUAUGAUCAGUGUUGGAAGAGCUUCAGUCAGUCAAUCAACCUGACAACACACCAACUAACACACACAGGAGAGAAGCCUUAUAGCUGUGAUCAGUGUGGGAAGAGCUUUGCUGCAGCUUCCACCCUGAAUCGACACCAUCGAACACACACUGGAGAGAAGCCUUACAAGUGUGAUAAUUGUGGAAAGAGCUUCAGUCAAUCAGGGGGCCUGAAUUCACACCAGCGAACACACACUAGAGAGAAACCCUAUGUCUGUCUGUGUGGAAAGAGCUUUACUCAUUUAGGGAAUAUUAGAAAACACCAAAAAGCAAAAAUGUGCCAUAUUUCAUCUCAGUCCUAUCUGAUACCGGUUGCAGAUCCCUAAAUAAAGGAUCAAUAGAAAACAUCUAGUGAACACUCAUAUCCAUCUCCCAUUCUUAAACAGUUGCCUUGGUCUGAUCACCAUGGUAACCUCUGUGCAGCAUAAUAUGCAGCUCUGAUCUAGGAUCAGGUCUCCCCUGUGUUUAUGUAAUAUCACACAUUGGGAUCUAAAUGGAUAAAUGUUAUCAUAGAAAAUGUCAUAGUGAACCUGUGUGGGGGGGUGUUGAUAAUUGUAUCUUUCAUCUACUCAUGAUACUAUUAUUAUUAAAUGUCAUUAUGUAGAAUAAUGUUUCAACAAUAGGUGUAUAUUCAUUUAUUCAAUUGAUCAAUAUAUUAAAUCAAUUAUCUUCUAAACAACAAGUUAUCACUUAAAUUGUAUAUGUUAUAGAUCUAUAUUGAUUAAAAUGUUCCUAAACCUAAUCAAUAAUACAUUGGACAAUAAUAUCCAUGAGGUUAAGGCAAGAACUAUGCAUACUGUGUCUUGCAACAACGGUUAAUGUAAUAACUUUUAUUACAUUAUGUAAUAAAUGCAGUGUAACCGGUAAAUGUAAUAUCUUGUUGUUAUCUUGUAUGAUAAUGUAACUUAUUACAUUAAGUGGAAAAAGUUAUCAGGUGAGUCACAACUUUUAAAUUAAUAUCGUAAUAACUUCAACCGAUCAUGUAAUAACACCUAAACUAAUGUUUUAUGUUACUACACUAAUGUUAAUGCACAUACCACCCUCCACCAAUUGCAAACCCACACAGACAAACCUAUGCACCUGUACUCGUACACUAACACACACAAGCACACAUUGAUAAAAAAAACAAAAAAACAAUGAAUUAAUCUGUAGGCCUUUUAGUCAAUGACUCAGGGGGCUCGGUGGGGCUCACUUGGGGUGAAAAUGUCAGAUUUUUAAGGUCAAUGUCCCAAGAGUUGAAAAUGUGUUCUAUCAUUGCAGCAAUGGUAGCUAUCACUAUUUCUAUUCAUCCCAUUACAUUUUCAGCCAACAUCAGCGCAGAGGAUGUCUGAUGUAAGGUAGCUAUCUAGCUAGUUAGCGAACUACAUUUGUUUAUCUAAACUAAAGUCUUGCAUGCUUUCCUGAUAUGCUGGCUAGACAUUCCAAAGCAUAUCAAUGUAAAUAGCCAUCUGUUAUUUGGCUAUGUGAUUUGUAACUUUGUAAGCUCGUUAGGUAUUAGUAAGGAGGGGAUUAUGUGGGUGACUGUCUGGUUUCUGUUGGGGGGGGGGAUCAGUGGAGGCUUCUCAGAGGAGGAAGGGGAUGACCAUCCUCAGUGAAUAUUUUUGUUGCUGAAAAAUUCAAAUUGUAAAAAGUUGGUUAAAAAAAAAAGUUAGCUAAAUACUAAAUAUAAAGACAUCAC